AUGAAUUUCACAAAUUGCACCACUGAAGCCAAUGUGGCUGCGAAGCCAAAAACAGUAACUGAAAAGAUGCUCAUUACCAUGACCUUGGCCACAAUCACAACCUUGACUAUGCUGCUGAAUUCUGCUGUAAUUGCGGCAAUCUCCACAACCAAGAAGCUCCACCAGCCGGCAAAUUAUUUAAUAUGUUCACUAGCCGUGACAGAUCUCCUUGUUGCUGUUCUUGUCAUGCCCUUGAGCAUCACUUACAUAAUGAUAGGUAAAUGGACUUUGGGAUACUUCAUCUGUGAGAUAUGGCUUAGUGUUGACAUGACAUGUUGCACGUGUUCGAUCCUUCAUCUCUGUGUCAUUGCUCUGGACAGGUACUGGGCAAUCACAGAUGCUAUUGAAUACGCCAGGAAAAGAACAGCAAAAAGGGCCGGGCUGAUGAUAGUCACUGUGUGGACUAUCUCUAUUUUCAUAUCAAUGCCCCCUUUGUUUUGGAGAAAUCACCACAGCAUCAAUAUUCCCAGUGAGUGUCGCAUUCAGCACGAUCAUGUCAUCUACACUAUUUAUUCCACAUUUGGGGCAUUUUACAUUCCCUUGACUUUGAUUCUGAUCCUGUACUACAGAAUUUACCAUGCUGCAAAGAGCCUUUACCAAAAGCGGGGUUCGAGCCGCCACCUCAGCAACAGGAGCACCGACAGCCAAAACUCCUUUGCCAGCUGCAAGCUCACACAGACGUUCUGCGUCUCGGACUUCUCCACGUCUGACCCAACCACGGAGUUCGAUAAAAUCAACGCAUCCGUGAGGAUCCCUCCUUUCGAGAAUGACCUGGACCUGGCUGGUGACCGGCAACAGAUCUCCACGACGCGGGAACGAAAGGCUGCUCGUAUUCUGGGCCUGAUUUUAGGUGCUUUCAUUUUGUCAUGGUUGCCCUUUUUCAUCAAGGAGCUGCUUGUGGGCCUCCAUGUUUGCACUGUCUCUCCAGAAGUAGCAGACUUCUUGACCUGGCUGGGAUAUGUCAACUCCCUUGUCAACCCUUUGCUGUACACUAGCUUUAAUGAGGAUUUCAAGCUGGCCUUUAGAAAGCUCAUCAGGUGUCGAGAACAUACUUAA